UUAUGUUAACAGCAAGAAAUUACAUACAGCCAGCGAUUACAUACAUCUUGAUCAUAUUUCACAAACGGACAUUGUUGACUUUUUCUUCACAUUCUCUUGAUUUCGCAAAAAACAGAUACUGAUUGAGGCUGGAUAGUCCAUCAGAAGUGAACUGAAUCUGAAGUGAACUUGACUAUCAUUUCUCUGUUUCAAAUGCCUAAGAACAGCAAGGUGGUAAAAAGAGAAAUAGACGAUGAUGUCAUUGAGUCAGUUAAAGAUCUCCUAUCAAAUGAAGACUCUGUCGAAGAUGCUUUCAAGAAAAGUGAGCUGUCGGUUAAUGAUUCGGAAGAGAAAGAUGUAGAUGUGGAAGAGGGAUCUGAUGUAGAAGAAGAGAGACCAGCCUGGAACAGCAAAGUUCAGUAUAUUCUAGCACAAGUUGGGUUUUCUGUAGGCUUGGGGAAUGUGUGGCGAUUUCCAUACCUAUGCCAAAAAAAUGGUGGAGGUGCAUAUCUUGUGCCAUAUUUAAUUUUGCUGCUGGUCAUAGGGAUACCACUUUUCUUCCUGGAGCUUUCAGUGGGUCAGAGAAUCCGCCGUGGAAGCAUUGGAGUAUGGAAUUAUAUCAGCCCCAAACUUGGUGGAAUUGGAUUUGCAAGCUGUAUAGUGUGCUUUUUUGUGGCCCUCUACUACAACGUCAUCAUUGGAUGGAGUUUAUUUUACUUUUCUCAGUCCUUUCAGCAUCCAUUGCCAUGGGACCAAUGUCCUUUGGUGAAAAAUUCUUCACAUACCUUUGUGGAGCCAGAAUGUGAAAAAAGCUCUGCUACAACCUAUUACUGGUACAGAGAAGCGCUCAAUAUUUCGAGCUCUAUCUCAGAGAGUGGAGGUCUAAACUGGAAAAUGACGAUCUGCUUGCUGGCUGCUUGGGUUAUGGUGUGCCUAGCAAUGAUUAAAGGUAUCCAGUCUUCAGGCAAAAUAAUGUAUUUCAGCUCCCUUUUCCCUUAUGUGGUACUUAUAUGCUUUCUAAUUAGAGCGCUGCUCUUAAAUGGUUCACUGGAUGGAAUUCGUCAUAUGUUUACCCCUAAGCUUGAAAUAAUGCUGGAGCCCAAAGUCUGGAGAGAAGCUGCUACUCAGGUGUUCUUUGCCUUAGGGCUUGGAUUUGGUGGAGUCAUUGCCUUUUCAAGCUACAACAAGAGAGACAACAACUGCCAUUUCGAUGCUGUUCUGGUGUCCUUCAUCAAUUUUUUCACUUCUGUGCUGGCAACUUUGGUGGUGUUUGCCGUUCUGGGCUUCAAAGCAAAUAUCAUAAAUGAGAAAUGCAUUACCCAAAAUUCCGAAAGGAUUAUCAACCUUCUAAAUGUCGGCAAUCUUAGCAAGGCAAUAAUACCUCAUCAUAUUAAUUUAUCAAGCAUCACAGCAGAUGAUUAUAAUAUAGUUUAUUAUAUCAUCCAGAAAGUGAAAGAAGAAGAGUUUCCUCUUGGUCUAAAACCCUGCCAGAUUGAAGAUGAACUUAACAAGGCUGUUCAAGGAACCGGUUUAGCUUUCAUCGCCUUUACAGAAGCCAUGACACACUUCCCUGCUUCUCCCUUUUGGUCCGUGAUGUUCUUCCUUAUGCUGGUCAAUUUGGGUCUUGGCAGCAUGUUUGGAACCAUUGAAGGGAUUACGACACCUAUAGUUGAUACCUUCAAAGUGAGAAAAGAAAUUUUGACUGUUAUUUGCUGUCUUCUCGCAUUUUGCAUUGGCCUAAUAUUUGUACAGCGGUCUGGUAAUUACUUUGUAACUAUGUUUGAUGACUACUCAGCUACAUUGCCUCUGCUUAUUGUCGUCAUUUUGGAGAACAUUGCCAUGUCUUAUAUUUAUGGGAUUGACAAGUUUAUGGAAGACCUGAAAGAUAUGCUUGGCUUUUCUCCAAACCAAUACUAUUACUACACAUGGAAAUAUAUUUCCCCUAUUGUUUUAUUAUCCUUGCUGGUAGCUAGCAUUGUCCAAAUGGUAUUGAGCCCUCCAGGUUACAAUGCAUGGAUUGAAGAGAAGGCAGUGGAGGAAUUCCAGAACUACCCAACGUGGGGGCUGAUUGUCUGUGUGUCUCUGAUUGUUUUGGCAAUGCUCCCUGUUCCAGUAGUCUAUGUGAUUCGCCGCUGCAACCUUAUUGAUGAUAGCUCCGGUAGCUUGGCAGCUGUUUCCUACAAAAGGGGUCGCAUUAUAAAGGAGCCUGUGAAUCUUGAGGGAGACGAUACCAGUCUGAUUCAUGGGAAGAGUCCGAGUGAGGUGCCAUCGCCAACCUUUGGCAAAAACAUAUACCGAAAACAGACUGGCUCCCCAACGGUGGAUACUGCCCCCAAUGGUCGCUAUGGUAUUGGUUACAUAAUGGCAAACAUGUCCGAUAUGCCUGAAUCCGAUUUGUAGCUGCAAAGCAGUGUUGACGUCUCUGUACUUUUAGGGAACCACUGAACAUUUGUUCUCUUAAGAGAAGUGGUGGUCAGCUUCACUUCCUAGAGUGCAAUCUCAGGUGCCCCAUGAAUAUGUCCUUCAGAACAUCAUGAUGUGUGGUACUAAUAGCUUGAAUAGUCCCUUUGGCUCGAUUCUCUGGUUACCAUUUGUACUGAAGGGAAUGCACAUAAAUAUCAAUCAGUGAUGACCUAGCUUUGUCAGGAUUGCCAAUUUUUUAAAAAUUAUUUUUGCAUUUAAUUUGAAAGUUUUCUAUCUUUAAAGUACAGGUGUUACCUCAGUUUGUAGCAAUUUUUUAAGUGAAUUCAUAUUUCUCUACUGCUGUCAACUGGAAAUCCUUUCUUUGUUCCUGCAAGUUAACCCCCCCUGCCCCGUCUUGGAAAAAUUUGUUCCAAAGAAUUCACUAAGCCUGUAUUGACUGCACUUAUUUGUACAUACGUUUUGUAGAUAUCCUGUACUUUUUUUAAGCAUUCACAGUUCCUUAGGCUACUAGCUGAGUAAAUUAAAAAAAAAUUGGUAAAAAAAGCAAACCAACACAUUUAAAACCCUGCAGAUUAUUUUCUUACGUGUAAUAGCUGUAUAGAGCAAUAGUAUUAGAAAACCAAGUACGAUUAUGCUGGAAACACAAAAUUCCUCAGGCUCUGGGGAACUGCAUAGGAUGUGGCUGUAUUUUACAUACUAUAUUUGGUUUUUCAGUGUGAAAAUUAUGUCAGAGUGAGUCGCUCCAAGACUCUUAAAGAUUGUGCAGAUUCUGCAUUUUUCUAAGCUGUGUGCCUAAAAAAAUAAAAUAAAAGACCCUUCCUGAUAUUUAUUGUGAUUACAGGAUUACAUAUAUUAUAUUUAUAUAUAAUAUACAUGUAAUGUACAUAUGUAUAGUAAUAUUGUAUGUAACAGCUUCAAACCUUGAAGCAAGAUGGCUUUAAAAAAGUUUCAGUUUUGCUUCUGUUUUAUGCAGAGAGGAAAUCUUCUUUUUUCCCAUCAGUGAUAAUUAAGAACUGUAUGCCAUUACAUUUAAUCUAGGAAUAAAGA